GGGGGCGGAGCGAGCAGCUGCAGCGCUUUGCUCGGCUCUGCUGCCGGCCACCUGCCCGCCGGCGGGAGUUUCCCAAGCACUUCGGAGGAGCGAGGUGCGUUGAUUGGACCCGCCGCCUCCUCCGCCCGCUCCCUUUCCCCUCAGUUUGGCGCGCCGGGAGCUCUAUGCGGGCGGCGGCGAGCGGCUGCUCUUCCCGCCAAGCCGGCCAUGCCGCUGAACGGCUCCUCCUCAGGCGCCGGAGGAGCCAACCGCACCUCGUCCUCAGACGACGGCGAGCCCCUGUCCCUCUUCCGCCUGCUGGUGCUGAGCCUGCUGGCGCUGCUGACUCUGGCCACGCUGGUGUGGAACCUGCUGGUGCUGGCCACCAUCGUGCGCGUGAGGGCUUUCCACCGCGCGCCGCACAACCUGGUGGCGUCCACGGCGGCGGCCGACGCGCUGGUGGCGGCGCUGGUGAUGCCCCUCAGCCUGGCCAAGGAGCUGUCGGGGGGCGGGCGGCGCUGGCGCCUGGGCCGGGCGCUGUGCCACGCGUGGGUCUGCCUCGACGUGCUCUGCUGCACGGCCAGCAUCUGGAGCGUGGCCGCCAUCGCCCUCGACCGCUACUGGUCCGUCUCCAGGCACCUGCGCUACACCCCGCGCGCGCGUCGCCGAGCCUCGGGCGCCCUCAUCGGCGUGGCGUGGGCGCUGGGCGCGCUCCUGGCGCUGCUGCCGCUGCUGCUCGGCUGGGGAGGCAGCUCGUACAGCGCCGAGCAGCAGCGCUGCCAGGUCAGCCCCGAGCCCGCCUACGCCGUCUUCUCCACCGGGGGCGCUUUCUACCUGCCCCUGGGCGUCGUGAUCUUCGUCUACUGGAAGAUCUACAAGGCGGCCAAGUUCCGCGUCGGAGUCAGGAACGCCGUCGGGCCCCUCCCAGAAACUGGGCAGGUGAAAGAAGCUUCUCAUCAGCCGCAGAUGGUGUUUACAGCUCGUCAUGCGACUGUCACUUUCCAGACAGAUGGAGAAACAUGGAGAGAACAGAAAGAGAAGAAAGCGGCUAUGAUGGUUGGCAUUUUAAUUGGUGUGUUUGUACUUUGCUGGAUUCCCUUCUUUGUCACAGAACUAAUAAGCCCCCUCUGCUCCUGCACCAUAGCACCAGUCUGGAAAAGCAUCUUCCUCUGGCUUGGUUACUCCAACUCCUUCUUCAAUCCUCUGAUUUAUACAGCUUUUAACAAAAACUACAACAAUGCAUUCAAGAACCUUUUUGUGAGGCAGAGGUAAAAAGAGCAAUGGGGGGGUGCAUGGCUGCCAUUCCUAUUGGAUUAUACUAAGCACAUUUACGCAAAUUUUGUUUGCUAGGUAAUUCCGUUUGCAUAUUUCGCUUGACUGUGGGAAUUAAGCAAUAAGAACGGGUGAUAUAUCAGAAACAUAGCCCAUUACACACCCUCCAUUGCAAUGCAGCCCAGUUUUCUAGAGAUGAAAUCUCUGACCAUUGCAAAAGUCCUCCUGCCCAGUUGGCUGCAGCUCCCUAUAUGAAAGGCAGCAAAUAAUUUAAAAAACCCCACUUCGAUCACAAUGAAGCCUGUGCAACAAGCUGUCCUGUGUUGCCUUGUAAAGGCUAGACCGUAUUUUUAACGUUGUUCUGCUCAUUUGCCAA